AUGGCUGCCUCCUAUCAAACAAAAUGCACAACAAGCAUAUCUAAAAAGCUGAAAUAGAUCAUAUACUUUUAGUGUGCUGUACAGAAUGAAUUUGUUCAGAUUUAAAACGCGGUUCUACAUGUUAAAUAAUCGCCAUUCAAAAGCUAGGGUUAAAGACUGUAAACGGACGUCUGAUAUAGUUAAUUCACUCUGACAACAUACCAUACAAUACAUAAAUAAACUUAAAUAAAGCUUCAAUGUCUUUACAACGAUGCUGAGUUUUCUUUAUGCCAGGCAGUCGGGGCUUGACGACCCAGUUCGACUGAGACGUGCAGAGUCCACACGAAGGGUGCUGAGUCUGGAGUUGAACCACAACAGAGAUGUGGAUCGUGUUCAUGCCAAUGGAAUUAACACCCUGGACAUUGAGGUUAUUGAUGGAAGAUAUAUGUUGUCAGGUGGAUCUGAUGGUGUAAUCGUGAUCUAUGACUUGGAAAACAACAGCAAGAAGCUUAAAUACUCUUGCAAAGUAAUUUGCACAGUAGGCAGGUCCAGUCGGCAUGUGCAUAAAUUCAGUGUUGAAACAGUGCAGUGGUACCCGCAUGACACAGGUAUGUUUGUGUCCAGCUCAUUUGACAAAACCAUGAAAGUUUGGGACACAGAAACUCUGAAGCCAGCUGAGGAGUUCCAGUUCGAUGGUAAUGUCUACUGUCAUCACAUGUCACCUAUAGCCAGGAAGCACAGUCUUGUAGCAGUUGGUACCAAAGACCCUAAAGUGCAGCUUUGUGAUCUGAAGUCUGGGUCGCGCAUCCACAUCCUACAGGGUCACAGGGGCGAGAUCCUCUCAGUGAGAUGGUCUCCACGAUAUGAGCACAUCCUGGCCACCGCCAGCACUGACAGUAGGGUCCUCGUCUGGGAUGUGAGAAGAGCCUCGGGGAGUCUUUUUACUUUGGACCAGCACAAUGGGGACAAAUCCAAGGCCUCAUCUGAAGCAGUGAACACAGCACACAAUGGGCGAGCAAAUGGGUUGUGCUUCACAGCUGACGGACUUCAUCUCCUCACUACUGGAACAGAUGAUCGUAUGCGCCUGUGGAAUAGUGCCACAGGGGAAAACACAUUAGUGAAUUAUGGGAAAGUCGUGAAUGAGAGCCGCAAAGGCCUUAAGUUUACCGUAUCGAGGGGCUGCAGUCCGGAGUUUGUGUUUGUGCCGUGUGGCACUUCGGUAGCAGUGUACGGGCUUCACUCGGGAGAGCUGAUCACUAUGUUGAGAGGACAUUAUAAUAAUGUAGACUGCUGUGAGUUCCACCCAGAUUAUCAGGAGCUGUACAGUGGAGGUAAAGACUGUAACAUCCUGGCCUGGGUCCCAGUGCUAAGACAGCCUGACAUUGAGGAUGAAGAAACCAACUCUAAACGGGGUGGAACACAAGCUGCAGUCAAUCCUGCUUUUGCAGACGCCUGGAGCAGCGACGAAGACUGACAAAGCAAGGAACCCAGCAACCUGUUUUUUAUUAUCCAGAUAAACCACUACAUACAUUCCUUGAGAUGUCAAAGUGCUCUUACAAUAUACAGUUGCAUACUGCAUCAAUGGAUGCAUAUAAAGUCACUGUACAUGGGUGUCAAGUAUUUCCAUUGGUUGUCACCUGCUCAUUUGCCUGUGGAUUUUAAGUUUUACAUUGUCUUGUGCUUGUCUUGAGCUUUACUGUAGGAUUUGCCUUUCACCUUGAUGUGAACUAGUUCUCAUAUCAUUAGAGCCAGUGUUUUCGUGUAAAAAUUAUGCUUUAUGAUUAUGCUAAACAUAUUUGUUUUUACUUUUGUUGGAUGAUCAAUGAACAGUUAAUUUUUUGUUUUGUAUUCUUUAUUUUUGCGUGUUUAUUAAUUAAACAAUGAAUGCAGUAAGAUAAAA